CCGCAGCUGUGGGGGCGCGGCGACGUCCUCCGAGGCCUCCCAGGACUUCUGGCUCCCCUGGGUUGCCACGGGACUAGGGGCGGGGUAGGAAGUGGAGUCAGACAGCGUAAGUUCAUGUUCUUGCGCCACCAGCUAACAGCUGGAUGACCUUAAGCAAGUUCUUGAAGUCUGUGGCUCAGCUUCAUCCUGUAUAUACUGGGAAUGAUGACUCCUAGCUGGGACAGCUUUCGAGAGGGAGCUGUGACAGGUGCUUUCCAUCGGUGUGAGCUGUGAGUGGCAGGUGGAGAGAGGUCCACUCAGGAAGCCAGCCCCACCAUGAGUCUGUGGGAACUUGACAGUCGUAGCUGCCAAGGUACUCCCAGGCCGGAUCAGGAGCCCAGCACUGAGGAGGCAUCGGCUGUGGAGCUACAGAUGAAGGUUGAUUUCUUUCGGAAGCUAGGCUACUCAUCUGCUGAGAUUCACAGUGUCCUGCAGAAACUGGGGGUGCAGGCCGACACCAACACGGUGCUGGGCGAGCUGGUCAAACAUGGGUCAGCAGCCGAGCGGGAGCGCCAGGCUUCCCCGGACCCCUCUGCUCAGCUCCCCCUGGUCCCCCGGGGUGGGGGCACCCCCAAGGCUCCCACCCUGGAGCCCUCGCCCCCAGAGGAGAACAAGGAGGGCAGCGACCUGAGGCCUGUGGUCAUCGAUGGGAGCAAUGUGGCCAUGAGCCACGGGAAUAAGGAGGUGUUCUCCUGCCGGGGCAUCCUCCUGGCGGUGAACUGGUUUCUGGAGCGGGGCCACACAGACAUUACGGUAUUUGUACCAUCCUGGAGGAAGGAGCAGCCUCGACCUGACGUGCCCAUCACAGACCAGCACAUCCUGCGGGAACUGGAGAAGAAGAAGAUCCUGGUGUUCACCCCAUCGCGCCGGGUGGGCGGCAAGCGCGUGGUGUGCUAUGACGACCGCUUCAUCGUGAAGCUGGCUUUUGAGUCCGACGGCGUCGUGGUCUCCAAUGACACGUACCGGGACCUCCAGGGCGAGCGGCAGGAGUGGAAGCGCUUCAUCGAGGAGCGGUUGCUCAUGUACUCCUUCGUCAACGACAAGUUCAUGCCCCCCGAUGACCCCUUGGGCCGUCACGGGCCAAGCCUGGACAACUUCCUGCGGAAGAAGCCACUCACAGCCGAGCACCGGAAGCAGCCGUGUCCCUAUGGGAGGAAAUGCACCUAUGGGAUCAAAUGCCGGUUCUUCCACCCAGAGCGGCCCAGCCGCCCCCAGCGCUCUGUGGCUGAUGAGCUCCGUGCCAGUGCCCUCCUCUCACUCCCUAGGGCCCCGAGCAAGGAGAAGAGUGGCCGGCGGCCUUCACCUUCAUCCCAGCCUGGCUCUCUGCCGGCAGAGCAUGAGCAGGGCAGCCUAGAUGGGAAGAAGCUGGGAGCCCGGGCAUCGCCAGGGCCGCACCGAGAGGGUCUGACACAGACCUUCGCCCCAGCGGGCAGGAGCCUCCCACCUAGCGGGCGCAGCGGCAGCAACUUUGGGCCCACAGACUGGUUCCCACAGACGCUGGAUUCUCUCCCGUACAACUCCCAAGAGUGCCUGGACUCGGGCAUCGGCUCCCUGGAGAGCCAGAUGUCAGAACUGUGGGGGGUCCGAGGAGGAGGCCCUGGAGAACCCGGCCCGCCUCGGGGCCCUUAUGCUGGCUACGGCCCCUAUGGGGCCGAGCUCCCGGCCGCUCCAGCCUUCCCUACUUUUGGACGGGCCGUGGGUGCUGGCCACUUCAGUGUCCCUGCUGACUAUGCCCCCCCGCCAGCUGCCUUUCCACCCCGAGAGUAUUGGUCUGAGCCGUACCAGCUGCCCCCACCCACCCCGGUCCUGCCGGAGCGGCAGGUGCCAGGCCCCGGGGCCGACCGGGGCCCGUGGGCCGGGGCCGGGAGCCUAGCCAAGGAGCGAGCCAGUGUGUACAUCAAGCUGUGCGGGGUGUUUCCCCCGCACCUGGUGGAGGCCGUGAUGGGGCGCUUCCCUCAGCUCCUGGACCCUCAGCGGCUGGCUGCCGAGAUCCUUUCUUACCAGCCCGGGCACCCCAGCGAGUGACCCAGCCGUGUGGCUGCCGGCCCUAAGGCUGGACAGAGGGAGGAGUAAAGUAGGGAAGGGAACCCACAAACCAAAGAUACUGUAGGAUUGGUCCUGGCCCACCCGGCACCUGGAGCCGGCUGCCGAGUGGGGCAGGAACGAUCACCCUGUUGAUGCACAUUGUAUCUGUAGUUUAAGGAGACGCCGCCGUAAAGGCGUCAGUCCGUGGCUGAAGCCCAAACCCUCCUUUCUCUCAGAGGGCGGGGAGGGAGGUGGUGGGGAGCAGAGGCCUGGGCUGGGGGCCCUGCGCACAACCCCCCACCUCCGCCCCACCCCUGGGAUGCCGGCCUCGGCUGGCUAGUUAGGCACUGUGUGCCUGCCCUCCAAGGGCCCCUCCUGUACGCCAAUGAGGCCUCAUCAGUGCUCUCGCAGGGCACCGGGCCUCAUGUUAGUAAGCAAGAUGCUUCUUAAUAACCUACCUUCUGACCCACUCUGUUUGCAGCGUCCUUGCCCCCGCUGGGGGGUGAGGUGGGGGGAGCGGGCCAAGGGCCCUCUGUCCCCACCCCCUCUUCCCUUCCUUCUAUACUGAGUCCUCUCGCCCUUCCCCGAGGGUGGGGACAUGUAUUUGUGUGUGUACAGGUGUCAUGUUAACUACUUUAAGUGGAAGUCCUCGCGCUCCCUUAACACGUCAAUAAACUACAAUGUGAGCCCCUUUAA